CCUCCUGCUGCCGCCGCCGCCGCCGCCGUGGGCCCUCCUCGGCUUCCUCCCGCUGGGGACCGCGGCCCAAAGUGUGCAACAUACGAUUGAAAAUGUUAAACUAGUGCAGAUAUCUAUGCAGCCAACUGCAGUUGUGCAUAUUUCAUCCGAGAGCAUGGACAACUCUAAAGCCCAGGAACCUGCUGAAUCAAUUGAAAUAGAAUCAGCAAAGGAAGAAGAAGAGAAGACUUUGAAUGAUCUUGUGGGCCUUUUGCAAGAUAUGGUAAAAAAUAUCCCAACAAAGCAAGCGGAAGCUCCACCACUAACUGAAGGACCAACUAUCAUGAUAUCCAACAUAGAGCCUUCUCCAUCUGAAACAGCUGACACAGUUUGGGUAAAUAUGAAGCCAAAGGCUGAUGAAAUGAAAAUAGAGCCACUGGAAACAGUUGUCUUGACCGAAACAGCUCCUACUACAACAGCAUUUUGGAAACUCAGAAAUGAUGCUAGUGCAUCUGUCAUUUUGCAUUCUGAUACAACCACUUCAGAAAAAGCUUCUCUAGAAGAUCUCCAAAGCGAAACAACUGCAUCUGUUUUGUUUUCUGAUAGUACAACUCCAGAAAAGACACUUGUUAGUGUGUCACUUUUGAUGGAAACGGAUACUACGACGGGAAAAAGUAAGAGUUUUGAUGAGCUAACAAAUGGAGCUUUGGCAAGUCUGGUGGAGUCUCUAAAGAAUGUAAAAAAAUUACAUGUGACGCUGCAUAAGAUCAGUAACAAACCACAAGACGUGCACAUUCAUGAAAAAACUCCAGAGGCGCAUCAGCCUGCAGGUGCAGACAUCUUGGAAUUGAUUGAUACGCUAAUUUUAACAAUAAAGAACGCACCAUCCCCUGUUAAGGAAGAUCCCGCUCUCCAUAAGUAUAUCGAAAAAGCAGAGAGCUUCUUAAAAAAUGCUCUGGAACUAGCAGCAGCGGCAGAGAAGAAGUUAGUGCAGGAGAAACAGGAAAAUAAAUUGGAACUGGAGAUUCGUCCCUCGCCUCGUCCCUCACCACCAGUAACUUUGCCUGUAUCAGAGGUGACCAUCCAGUUGAUACCAUCUUCAACUGAGCCUCUAGCAAAAAAGGCAGAAGAUGCACAAGUGGAAAUGGGGAAGUUAAAAGCAUUUAUCAACUUGCUAUACGGGUUUAGUCCUCAUCUAACUUCAUAUGCACAAAAUUCACCCAGUCAAAAAAUAGCUGAGGAUAUUGUUGAGAGAGCAUUGGCAGUCCUUGAUGCCAUAAAGAGCAUUUUCUGUGGAAACCCUGAAGGGCGAAGCAAACAGAUGUUGAAGCAGUUGUUAAAGGAAGACAUGGAGCUUGUAAGACAAGCCAUGAAUGAAAGAAUCUCUUAAGAAUACACAGUUCUUUAUUGGUAGUGUAGAUAUUUUUCAUCAGUUACAUAUGAUUAGAGAUCCGUUUUCUCAUUUGUAACAACCAUCUAAAUAUAUUUGUAGCCAUUUCCAAAUGUGGAAUUAAAUGCUUAUUUUUAAAUAA